AUGUUCGUGAAACGAUUUGAAUCAGUAACACCAGUACGACCGUUUCUAGUAUGCUGCGUUUUGAGUAAUCUUGACCUCACUGGAGAAAACUUCAAGAAGUUCAUCAACAUACAGACAAAACUUCACGCGUCGUCGAUGUGUGCCAACCGUGAAAUAGCUGCCAUCGGAACCCACGAAAUCAAGUCUUUCAAACCACCCCUCAAAUAUUUAGCUCUACCUUGGGAUGAGCUGCAUGUGAGUUAUAUGUCUUUUCAAUCUAGCAGCUUUGUCGAAGAUGACCGACAUUGA